GGAAACUAUAUUUGGGGCGGACAAAGACGGCGGCGAGGGUCGUCAGCUCGCCGCCAUUUUGAGCAGCGGGCUGUGAGGAGCAGAAGCCGCGGCUGGAGCAGCUCCUCCUCCUCCUCCUCUUCAUCCUCUUCCACCACCAUGUCGCGGGAUCGGUUCCGUAGCCGUGGCGGCGGCGGAGGCGGCUUCCACCGGCGUGGCGGUGGCGGUGGCCGCGGCGGCCCCAACCAUGAUUUCCGCUCUCCGCCGCCCGGCAUGGGCAUGGGCCAGAAUCGCGGCCCCAUGGGGGGCGGCCCGCAGGGCCCGGGCGGCCCGCCGGGCGGAGGCCCGAAGCCCGAACCUCCGAAGCCGCCCGCAUCGACCUCUGCUCCGCCUUCUUCAUCCUCUUCGUCCGCCGCCACCACCGCAGGGCCUGCCGGCAGCCAGGCCGGCCCGGGAGCGCCUCCGCCGUCCUCACUGCCCGCGGGGCAGCCGCCGCAGCAGCAGCCUCCGGUUUCGACGGCCUCCUCGGCUCCUUCCGGCCCGGGCGGGCAGUCGCAGCCCAAGCCGAGCCCCAGCCCCACCCCGACCGGCGGCCCUAAGAAAGGACAAGGACAGUCGCCCGGUGGCGGCGGGCCCAAGGGACCGGGCGGACCCCAGCAGGGGCCCGGCGGGCCGCACAAGGGCGGGCCGGGGCACCGCGGCGGGCCCGGCGGAGAGCCGCGCGGCCGCGGGCAGCAGCACCAGGGACAGCAGAGCCUCUCCUCGCAGCAGGGCUCGGGCGGCGGCGGCGGCGAGAAGCUCUCGGACGAGGGAUUUAAAGCAAACCUCUCUCUUCUGAGGCGACCCGGGGAGAAGACCUAUACUCAGCGUUGCCGCUUGUUUGUUGGGAAUUUACCUGCUGAUAUAACGGACGAAGACUUUAAGAGACUGUUCGCCAAAUAUGGGGAGCCGGGAGAGGUUUUUAUCAACAAGGGAAAAGGCUUUGGAUUCAUUAAAUUGGAAUCUAGAGCUCUGGCAGAAAUUGCGAAGGCAGAACUGGAUGAUACCCCGAUGAGGGGUCGGCAGCUUCGUGUUCGGUUUGCCACACACGCUGCUGCUCUAUCAGUGCGUAAUCUUUCACCCUAUGUGUCCAACGAGUUACUGGAGGAAGCUUUUUCCCAAUUUGGUCCAGUGGAAAGAGCUGUUGUGAUUGUAGAUGAUCGAGGUAGAUCAACAGGAAAAGGCAUUGUUGAAUUUGCAUCAAAGCCAGCUGCAAGAAAAGCAUUUGAACGGUGUACUGAAGGAGUGUUUUUGUUGACAACAACUCCUAGACCAGUUAUUGUGGAACCAUUGGAACAACUGGAUGAUGAAGAUGGUCUUCCAGAAAAGCUUGCUCAGAAGAAUCCGAUGUAUCAAAAGGAAAGAGAGACUCCUCCUCGUUUUGCCCAGCCUGGCAGUUUUGAGUUUGAAUAUUCCCAGAGGUGGAAAUCUUUAGAUGAGAUGGAAAAACAGCAGAGAGAGCAAGUGGCAAAAAACAUGAAAGAUGCCAAGGACAAACUUGAAAGUGAGAUGGAAGAUGCUUAUCACGAGCAUCAGGCAAACCUCUUGCGUCAAGACCUCAUGAGGCGUCAGGAGGAGCUGAGACGUAUGGAAGAACUCCAUAACCAAGAGAUGCAGAAACGCAAGGAAAUUCAGCUGAGGCAGGAGGAGGAGCGUCGCAGGCGGGAAGAGGAAAUGAUGAUCCGUCAGCGGGAGAUGGAAGAACAAAUGAGAAGGCAGAGGGAAGAGAAUUAUAGUAGAAUGGGUUACAUGGAUCCAAGAGAGAGAGACAUGAGAAUGGGUGGUGCCACCACAAUGAACAUGGGAGAUCCUUAUGCUUCUGCAGCCCAGAAAUUCCCACCUCUUGGAGGUGGUGGCGGCAUAGGUUAUGAAGCUAAUCCAGGAGUUGGCCAAGCAGCCAUAAGUGGUUCUAUGAUGGGAAGUGACAUGCGUCCUGAACGCUUUGGGCAGGGAGGUGCGGGGCCCGUGGGUGGCCAGGGUCCUAGAGGAAUGGGGCCUGGAACACCAACAGGAUAUGGUAGAGGGAGAGAAGAAUAUGAAGGCCCAAACAAAAAGCCCCGAUUUUAGAUGUGACCUGUAGUUUCAUUCCAGUUUGUUUUUUGUCUGUCUUGUUUAGACACCAACUUUUUAAUUCUUGCAUUUUAGUAAGAAAGCUACGUUUUUAUGGAUGUUAGAAACUUACUGACCUAAUAUUUGUAAGUGGUCUGUUUGGGCGAGUACAAUUUAAUUAUGUAAUGCAGUGUUUCAAAACAAAUUUAGCUGUUUUUUUUGAUGUAUAACGUCCCUAACUUGAUGGCAGUGUACCUUGUGCCACUGAAUUCCCAAAGUGUACCAACUUUUUUUUACUGUGCUUCAAAUAAAUAGAAAACUAAAUGUAGUAGCUCUUCUUGCCAUUCGUGGUUAAAACAUACGAGGCUAAAUACCACACCUCCUGCAGUAAACACAGUCUUGAGUAGAGGUCAAACUAGACCAGAGCGUGUGGAAGUGUGGUGAAGAGUGAGAUCUCUUCCCCUGAUGCCUCUAGCUAAAGAUUGGGUCAAACAGUAGCCUAACCUUUCCCAUAGGUGCAGAUUUUUUUUUUUGAGCAUUAAUUGUGCUGCAAUAAGGAAGCAAAUGGAAAUCUUGCAAGUGCUGUCAGAUACAGUAAUUCAAGCUACACUGCAAGCAGUGCAGUAUGUAAUGAAUUUCCUCCUGUAGCUAUGGAUAACGGGUGGUGGGAUGGUAGCUCUUAACCACCUUGGCAGUUACUGCUUGGAAUCUUUUUAAAGACUUUAAGCAGAAGACUAGCAAUGGUUAUUUUAAAAUAAAUUCAUAGAAUGACUUGUAUUGGCUGACUUCCUGACUAAAGGAUUGUUAAUGUGAUAUUUAUAUGCUCUUAAGCUGUCUUGAGAUUACAGCAUCUGGCCUUGCUCCGUAUUGUAUACCUGAAAUUGCUUGGCAAAAAGACCAGAAGCAUUACUCGAGUGAUUAAGUCCUCCUGCUAAUUGAGUGGGCUAAUCUGCAUAGAUCAGAAUACAGUAAUUUGUGUUAUGGGGGACUGACUGCAGGAACUAUUCUUAAAUCGUGUAGCUGGUGGGCAAAUCCUAAAAUCCUGUCUGUAAAAUACAGAAACUAGCUUGCUUGCAUGAUGGUUAUUGCUUUUUUAUUAUUGAUGUUUGGAGAUAAUGCAUCUAAAGUAGUAUCUGAAUCUGGAGUUUAAUAGUUAACACGACGCAGUACAAAUAAACUCCCUUUAAGGUUCUUUUGUAGAAGACUUGAUGAAUUCGUUAGCUUGCUGUUCAUUUCAUUAAGCCACAGAAGAAUUUCAAAGCAUUCUGGACUCAUUGAUAAGGUAGCUGCUUUGCUUAUUAUUACAUUGUACCAGAUAAGCUGGGAACGUGACUUCCCAGCGUAAAAUACCUUGGUGUUAAGGCAGGAUACAUCAACCUGCUUGGCACAAAGUAGGUAAACUUAUUUUAUCUGUACCUUCACAUGAUUCCCCAGCUGCUGAGCAUUCUGUGAGUAGCUUUAAUCUUCCAAAGAUCUUUUCCAUUCCUUGUGCUAAGCAUUGGCUAAUUCUAAAUUCUAUGUCAAAUUUUCUCUUUUUAGUGUCAGUAGUAUUUAAGGGAGCAGAUGAUCCCUCUUGAAGUACUCUGAGUGCUGUUACUCCUUAAAUGAAAACAAAAUAGCAUGAUGUGAAAUGCUGAUACCAGGUAACACUGACUUGAAGCGCACUAAAGAGCCACUCAGCUUGUUUGGUGGAUGCUUCUUAUCACCCCACAAAAGUUUGGGAGUUGAUGAACAUGUUACAACAACGAAUUGCUAUUCAGGAAAUUCCCAAUUGGCAGUUCCUAAUCUGUGAUCAAGUUAAUUUGGGAGAACUUUGGAUACUUUAGUUUAAAAAACAUCAGUACCGAUGCAAUUUGCUUUAUUGAAGUAGUGUUAACUGAUGCCUGUGUUCUCUGGAAGGGUGUUCGUGGGACACCCACCAAAGGUGAAGGUGUCUGAGAUGGGCCAUUCUGAACAUAAACAUUAAAUUAAUUUCUUUUUCAGUUUAUUUUUCAGAUUACAUGUCAUUCUUUAUUAAAGAGAUGCUGGUGCAUAUCCCUAAAGUAUGUUCUUUUGUAGUUCUGUAACUUGGAAGAGUUGAAGGAUGCUGAUGUCCUUGUACCUUGCAGAGGUUGUCUUUUGGUACCCCUGUUUUGUAUGUAAGCUCCUGUUGCUAGGUAUCAAAAAUAGCAAACCCAUGAUGAGUAAACCUACUGAAAGAUUUGGCAGUUUUCAAAACAUCUGAAAGUUUGGUUACCUCUAGCUUUGUCGUAGCUGCAGAAGCAGAAUCGCUAAAACAACUUCUGCUUUGAGUUGCAUGGAUUAAACAGGCAUACAAUUAACUAGCCAACUUCUUUUCAAGACCAUUUAAAGGUGGUGUCUUAAAAGCUGGCGAACAUGUCAACUUGAGACAUCUGAUAAUGUGGGAGGUGAGAGAGUUACGUUCCUUUGAGCGGUUCCUAUGAGGUUUUGGACUUUUUUUUUCCCUCCAUAAAAGGAGAUUUAUGUAAUUGAAUCUUUUAAACAGCAUUUAGAAAAGUGCUUUGUUGGUCAGACCUGUUUUUGGAUGGUCUGGAUCAACAUGACACAUUUUUGUACUGGACUUUGAGGACAUUGGCUGUUGCAAUUUAGUUUCCUUUAUCAAAAAUGAGCCCAUUUGGACACUUGGAUCUCUAAAACCUGCAGCAUGGUAGAAACUGGUAUUGUUAUACACUUAUCUUCACGCUUUCUCAGAAAUGAGUACAGAAUAAUCUUGCCUUCUGGUGUAGACACAUGACACUAAUCAUUUAUACAGCUGAUGAGAAACUGAAACUGCUUUUGAGAUUUUGUGGUAUUUUUAUGGUAGAAAAGAAUGAUCUUGGCUUCUCCUUGGCAACCAUUUACUGUGGCAGCAAGUUUUUUGCUGGAGCUUGAGACUGCAAUUUACACUUUAAAAAAACAAAACUAGUGGCCUGCUACAUAACUGCACUUAGCCAGCAUUUCUGCAGUUCAUAACUGUGAGGAACGUAGUACCACAAAUGGCAAUGGACAUUAGGACCCGGAUGUAGUAUUCCUGCUUGCUCCAAGAUUCUCAUUGCCGACUGCGUACAGGUAGGUAACAAGCAAUAUAAUAUAACUUGGUGACUUUCUAUGUAAUCUUAUACUGUGGGUAUUCUGACAUCACACUUCUGACUGUGGAAUUACAGUGCAGCACUCUUCCAUACCUGUAUGUUAAGCUUGCAUCAAAGCUUGCGUGGUUUUCGGUUUUUAAGCUUUGUCUUGUUCAGAGUCGAUGAGCAACUUACUGUGAUUCUUAGAUCAGGACGUUCAGACCCGAUUCCUUUGUACGUACGACUCGGCUUGGGUGGAUUUUCCUUAGUUCCGCUAUAACGAAGAUGUUCUUAAGAGUUGAGCUCUGUGGGGAAGAGGGAAUGUGAUCUUACUCUCACUUAACUAGUCAACUAGGUGCUCUCAGUGCCUAGUUAAGGACUGUUUAAAUUCAUAGUGCCUGUCUGCAGCGCAUCCCUUUGUAGAGUCUUGGCUGGCUAGGACAUGCGGUAGUAAUCACACUCUGGCCUCGUGUGCACUACGUGAGAGUCACUUCAAGCUUGCUAAAGCAGUCAGCUUUCAGCCUGAUGUGCAAUGUUUUUUUCUUUGAGGACGUACAAAUGAGUGCUUGAAUGAAUAAUCCCCGUGAGUAGUUUCCUAGAGCCUAUUGGACAUUUCAGUUUGUCUUUAUUUUCAUCUUUGAUUGACAGGCAUAAUACAUUCCUCUGCCUAAUUGACAGUGAUGAGAUUCUGUAUUUUCUGCCUCGUAGAGUCUUCUUGGUAGUGUAAUGCUCAAUUUAAUUCUUCAUCAGUCUUUGGGAUGUAAUUCUAAACUCUUCCAUUGCUAGAAAUACCAAAUGCAGUGUUUCAGGAUGAACAUGCUUUAACGUUCCAGACAUCCAGACAAGCUGAUCUCUCCUGCUCUUUGGUGUUAGCUCUUGAGCCUGCGUUUCAAGGUCCCUUGUUUUUCAGCACAUGAUCUAGCUCUUGUCUGAUGCUCAGUUUAUUUCAGAGGUGUUGUAACAUGGGGGGUUUUUUUCUGCUUGUUCUGCAAAGUUCUGCUUUGCAUACUUGUUUCUGGUAUUAUUGACACAUCUGGACCCUUCUGUGUUAUCUUGCAGGCAAGACUCUUGCUGGUGACCAGGGGAUCUGCUGGACAGCCUUGCCCUCUGCUCUAGCUCUCUUUCCAUAUUCCAUCGAAUGCUUGAAGUAGCAGCUGCACUUUCAGAUCAUAACAACAGGUCUUUGGUUACACCACAGUGAGUGUAGCCAACCUCUAGCUAGUCAAGCAGUGACACUGCUUGUUGCAAAGUGAGUUUGGCUUUUUAUGGUGGCUUAACUGUUACCUGUGACUAGAAUUCAGUAGCAAAAACUGAAGGCAGUGUGUGUGCUGUCAUGUAGCAAAACCGGAAUUAUUAAUCUUUAAACCAGUGCUCAGAUCUGACUAGUUUUUUUUUUCCAGUGUGCUCUGGAUACUUGACCUGCAGGAAUGUUGUGGAGGGGUUACUGGCACAUCUGCCUCGUUCUAUGUACUUGAACUAGCAGGUUUUUGACACUCUUGGAGCAAGCAAUCUGUGGCUGAACCAUGGGUCUCCUACCAGCUCUGACUGUCUGCAGUAAUGAAACUUGGUGUGGUAGCUGACUUAAUAGCAAAUAGUCAUGUCUGCUCUAGGUGAAGAUGAAAGCUGAGUGAAGCCGGAGUGCUCAUCUGUGGGAAUUCAGGAGCUGAGCAUGAGCACAUCCAGCACGAUGCCCAGUGAAACAUGGAGGGACCAAGAUAACAAGUGCACAAGGCAGUACAACACAGAGCCAUUCCAGACCUUUGAAAUGGAUGAAAUACAUGAUAAUGUGAAUCUUGUUCAUUUAAUCUCAAGUCUGACAUGAGAACUUAAGAUCCUGGAGUCCAUUUGACAGACUCAGGGCCUGUUAAUGCGCCAGUUCCAUUUCCAUCUCAGAGUGAUUUCUGCUGGUAUUUUUCAUCCUCUUGUUGACUCUGUGCUUUGCACUUGCAGAAGAAGAAAAGUCUGAAUACAGUGAAGAGGAGCCAGGAACAGACAAUUCUAGAAAAUAAAAUGCUUCUGUUUUGUAUAA